ACCCCAUUUCUCAAUUUCCCACCUUUCAUUUCUUACCACCUUCCCUUCCUUUCCUUCUUAGCUUCCACUACUGUUCCAUGUUUCAACUCUUCUCUAUCUAGCUAUCUAGGCCCCAAUCAACAACCACCGUUGUUUAGUUUCUUUCUCUCUCUCUCUCUCAUCUUCCUUUCUUUCUCAUUCUCAAAGUGCAUAGUAGUAACAAGCAUUUAUUACAUUCCUCUAUAGAUAUAUAAAGGGGGAGAGGGAGAGUGUAAUAGGGUAUAUAUGAAAGUGCACAAGAAGAAGAAAGGAAUAUAGUGAUGAUACUCAAAUGGGGUCCUAUACUCCUGCUUCUGCUUCUGCAUUACAUUAAUUACCAUUCUUUUCAUAGUAUUCAUAAGAGGGAAACACUAUAUAUACUAUUCUAAGGAAUGUUGGUCACUCUUCUCAUCUACUAGAAACAAAGAAACAAUUCAAAACCAUUUCUACUAUUCAUCAUUCUUCUUCACCCUUCAAUAUGGAGAGCCUCCAAGGACCCCUCAAUUCAUGUUUCUUUGGUGAGUCACAUUUGGAAUUGAACUAUUUAGAGCAACAAGGUUUGGUUUUGGAUUCAGAAUCAGCAUUGAGGCUUGAAGAAGAAGAAGAACAAGUCUUAAUGAUAUCAAGCUUAGAAGAUAACAUGCCAUUCCUUCAAAUGCUUCAAAGUGUGGAAUAUUCUCCAAACUACUCAUCACAACAACAAUGCUUCUUCCCUUUCAAAGAUCCAACAAACUUUCAAACUCUUCUAAGGCUUCAACACUUGAAAAACCAUAACAACAACAACAACAACAAUAAUAAUAAUGUUCAAGAACUUGAUCAAAAGAGUUGUGUCACACAUGAUGUCAUGGUAGAGAUGCAACAACAACAACAACAACAAUCACAUUCACCAGUGAAAUCUGAGAGCUAUGAGCUUCAUCAACAACACCACCAAACUUCAGCCUCAGCUUCAUGUUGUGUUGAGAAUAAUAAUAACAAAACCACACCAACAAAAGCUAUUACUGCUGCUACUGAGAAGUGUGGUGGAAGAGGAAAUAGCAACACUCAAGAAGUGUGCCAGAAAUCCCAACAGGUGGGAAGUGUUGCCACAACAACAACAAGGGAGAGGAAGAAGAGGAAGAGAACAAGGCCUGCAAAGAACAAAGAAGAUGUGGAGAAUCAAAGAAUGACUCACAUUGCUGUUGAAAGAAAUAGAAGGCGCCAAAUGAAUGAUCAUCUCAGUGUUCUAAGGUCCCUCAUGCCCCCUUCCUAUAUUCAAAGGGGUGACCAAGCUUCAAUCAUUGGAGGUGCAAUUGAUUUUGUGAAGGAAUUAGAGCAAUUGCUUCAAUCCCUUGAAGCACAAAAAAGAAUGAGAAGAAAGAACAAUAAUAAUAGUAGUAACAAAAAUGAAGAUGCUAUUGGUUUUGGUUCUUCCUCUAAUUCUUCUUCAACAACAAAUGGUGGUUAUGAUGGAAUAAUGAGAUCAUCAACAACAUCAUUAUCAUUAUUAUCCACUGAAGAAGGAAACUUUGGUGGUGGUGGCGGUGGUAAUGGUGAUGAAUUAAAAGCUGAGAACAAAUCAGAAUCAGCAGAGAUAGAAGUGACAUUGAUUCAAACACAUGUGAACUUGAAGAUUCAAUGCAAAAGGAGGCAUGGUCAAUUGGUAAAAGCUAUAGUUGCUUUGGAAGAUCUUAGGCUAUCAAUUUUGCACCUCAACAUUACUUCAUCUUCUGAUGAUUCUGUACUCUACUCCCUCAAUCUCAAGAUUGAAGAAGGGUGUAGGCUAAGAUCAGCAAAUGAGAUAGCUGAAGCAGUUCAUCACAUAUUCAACUUCAUUAAUGGUUAGCUUCAUUAUUCUAUUAUGAAAGAAGAAGCUUAAGGAAUAAAAGGACCAAAGCAAAAAUGGCAGAAAUGGCUGGGAAACGGGGAACACAUGGCACUCAUUAUCUUGUCUACAUGUAUCAAUGUCCAUGUUAGGUGAUUAUAUUAUUAUAGAGGGGGGUUACUACUCCAACUAUAUACAUGUGAUCAUAUAUCUAUUUUGAUAUUUUUUUUUGAAUGUAUGUGUCAUGUGUAUGUGUGUGUGUGUGUGGGUGUUAAUUUUUCUUUUUAAUUAGAAGUCUAAUAUUGUAUGAUAUGUUUUUCAUAU